AUGUGGUCUGCCGCGCCCAAGAUGCCUCUUGACAUCAGGAUCGACGAUCACUACUCGUCCAAGAUCUACACUAGCGGCUCCCAAAUCACAGGCACAGUGGUCGUCUGUCCGGACAGCCGCAUUCCUUUCCAUUGUAUCCAAAUAGCUCUCAUCGGCACCUCUUAUACCCGGGUCGACAUGUUACCUGUCCCCAAGACAACUACCGAUGUCUUCCUCAAUCUGGACAUGCCCAUUACGAAGGCUUCUUACCCUCCGGGACAAGCCUUUGUUGCUAGGGAGACCCACAACAUCCCAUUCAACUUCACCAUACCACGCAAGCUUCAAAAAGACGUGUGUGAGACUGCUUCAGGCGAGCAUUUUCACGAUCAUCACAUGCGACUCCCUCCGUCGAUGGGUGGCUGGGAAAAGGACGACAUGUCACCAACGAUGGCUCAAGUCGAUUACAAGAUAGUCGCUCGACUGCUUCGAAACAGAUCCUCCAAUCCGAAAAAUGUCAUCGAAACCAAUCAACGGAUCAUGGUCCUUCCAGCCUUCGCUGAAGACCCGCCCCUGAGCCUCAACAACCAUGAUGCUCGGUACACGCUCUCCAGGACCAAGUCCGUCCGCCGAAGUCUUCUCUCCGCCCAGAAAGACCGCAUCUUCAUCAAUGCGCUUCAACCCGAAGCAGCCUACAUCACCAUUGGUGGCCAUCAACUCCCCGAAUCUCACCCCUCGGCGACACUAGACCUGACCUUUGAAUCUACUUCCUCAUUCUCCUUUCCGCCGGAAGUGACCCUAGGUCAGCUCAAGCUAGAAGCACAAACGUGGUUCACGGGCACACCCAUGAAGAUGUUACCCGACCUGGGAGACUCCCGUGAGGCGGCAGGGCUGCGCCACGAGCUGCGAUACUCUACACAUACCAAGCUCUCUACGACUGAUACGGGAGUCAUCCUAUGGCACAAGGCCGAUUCGGCUGAAGGUUGUAAGGUGUUUUCCUGGCGAUCGAGGACAAAGGUCCCGAUUCGUCUCCCUACGGCACAUAAGAUAUUCCUGCCCACCUUCUUCAACUGUUUCAUUGCUCGAAGCUAUAUCUUGCAUAUGACUAUCAACUUCAACGGCUCGAAGACCAACCUUUCUGUUCCACUGCAGAUCGCAUCGCAGUCGCUUUAUCCCCAGGUUUUGGAGCCAGAAGUGGAGGACCUGCCAUCUUUCGAUGCAUCUCUUGCCUGGAGAUAA